AUGUGCGAAACAAAUGGUUCUGCGGCCAGCAAUGGCACCAACGGCACCAAUGGUACAACACCUGUACGCCGGUCGAAUCCCUACCAAUCCAACCCGGGCGAGUUUUUGUCCAAUGUAGGAAAAUUCAAGAUCAUUGAGUCGACUCUUCGAGAGGGAGAACAAUUCGCCAAUGCCUACUUCGACACGCAAACUAAGAUCAACAUUGCUAAGGCUCUCGAUGCCUUCGGAGUCGACUAUAUCGAACUCACAUCCCCGGCUGCUUCUGAGCAAUCGCGCUUAGACUGCAUUGAGAUCUGCAAGUUAGGACUCAAGGCCAAAAUCCUGACUCAUGUUCGUUGCGAUAUGCGAGAUGUGCAGAUGGCUAUCGACACUGGUGUAGAUGGCCUGGAUAUCGUCAUCGGUACAUCGCAUUUCCUCCGGGAACACAGCCAUGGCAAGGACAUGGCCUUCAUCACCAAGGCUGCUUUGGAAGUCGUGCAAUAUGUCAAGGACAAGGGUAUCGAGGUUCGAUUUUCGAGCGAGGACUCUUUCCGAUCCGAUCUAGUCGAUCUGCUAUCCCUCUACAACGCCGUGGACAAGAUUGGUGUUAACCGUGUCGGUAUCGCUGAUACCGUUGGCUGCGCCAGUCCACGACAGGUCUACGAGCUCGUUCGAACAUUAAGAGGUGUAGUUUCUUGUGAUAUUGAGACUCAUUUCCAUAAUGACACAGGUUGUGCUAUUGCCAACGCUUUCUGUGCUCUUGAGGCUGGUGCAACACACGUUGACACCAGUGUGCUCGGAAUUGGUGAGCGUAAUGGCAUCACUCCUCUUGGUGGCUUCUUAGCACGCAUGGUGGUCACUAGCCCCGAUUACGUCAAGAGCAAGUACAAGCUCAACAUGAUCAAAGAGAUUGAGGAUAUGGUUGCUGAGGCAGUAGAGAUUAACACCCCCUUUAACAACCCUAUCACUGGUUUCUGUGCCUUUACCCACAAGGCCGGUAUCCAUGCCAAAGCUAUCCUAAACAACCCCUCCACAUACGAGAUUUUAAAUCCCGAAGAUUUCGGCUUGACGCGCUACGUGCACUUCGCCUCCCGGUUAACGGGAUGGAACGCCGUCAAGACUCGAGUAACACAACUCGGCCUAACUAUGACGGACGACCAGGUCAAGGAAUGUACCGCCAAGAUUAAGACGUUGGCCGAUGUGCGACCGAUAGCCAUUGAUGAUGCAGACUCAAUUAUUCGUAGCUUCCAUCUGAAUCUACAAACCGCGUCGAAUGGCAGCUGA